UGCUACUCACUAUUUAUUCAACCUAACCACUCCCACAAGCCCAACACAUUUUUUUUGAGAUAGCUCUCAAAAAUGAUCUCAUAAAAAUUAAAUCCCAGCUUGUAAUUUUAUUGCACAUGCAAAACAACAAAACCACAGAAAGGAAAACCAUGAAGUCCCUUCUCUCUUCCUCUUCUUCUUCAUCCCCAGGUCUCCGAAAGCCUCGUCUCUCUCCCUAUCUAUUUUCCUUGUUAACUUUCAUUCUCUUCGUCGCCAUUCUCUAUGGAGAAGAUUUCAUGUGCAUAUUCGGACGCCAACUCCAACUCGGUCCCGUCGACUCAGAACGGCCUUUUUCCCGAACCGUGAAGAAGAGAGAGAAAUUGCCGUUCGCCGUCGGGAAAACCCCAGAAGGUUGCGACGUGUUUAGUGGAAGAUGGGUUCGGGACGAGUCGAAUCGGCCGCUUUAUGAGGAAUCGGAGUGUCCGUACAUACAGCCACAGUUGACCUGCCUAGAACAUGGAAGACCAGAGAAGGAGUACCAGUACUGGAGAUGGCAACCCCAUGGCUGUGAUCUUCCUAGGUUCAAUGCCACAUUGAUGCUUGAGACACUCCGAGGAAAGAGGAUGAUGUAUAUAGGAGAUUCUCUGAAUAGGGGUCAAUACGUUUCCAUGAUUUGUCUUCUUCACUCGCUCAUCCCUGAAGAUCAAAAGUCCAUGGAAACUUUUGGUUCACUGACUGUCUUCACAGCCAAGGAAUAUAAUGCCACAAUCGAGUUUUAUUGGGCACCAUUUCUUCUUGAGUCUAACUCAGAUGAUGCUGUCAUCCAUAGAGUAUCUGAUAGGAUUGUUAGGAAAGGUUCUAUUAACAAGCAUGGCAAACAUUGGAAGGGUGUUGAUAUAGCAGUGUUUAAUACAUAUCUGUGGUGGAUGACUGGCUUGAAGAUGAAGAUCUUGCUUGGGUCUUUUGAUGAUGAAGUGAAAGAUAUCGUGGAGCUGACAACUGAGGAUGCUUAUCGUAUGGCGAUGAAGAGUAUGUUGAGAUGGGUUCGCUUGAAUAUGGACCCCAAGAAGACAAGAGUCUUCUUCACUAGCAUGUCACCUUCGCAUGCAAAGAGCAUAGAUUGGGGAGGUGUAGAAGGUGGAAACUGCUAUAAUGAGACAACCAUCAUUGAAGACCCUGCAUAUUGGGGUUCGGAUUGCAGGAAAAGUGUAAUGGAGGUGAUUGGUGAAGUGUUCGGCAAAUCAAAGGUUCCCAUUACAUUUCUGAACAUCACCCAACUCUCAAAUUACCGUAAAGAUGCACACACAUCAAUCUACAAGAAGCAGUGGAACCCAUUGACUCCUGAGCAAUUAGCCAACCCUGUAAGCUAUGCAGAUUGUGUGCAUUGGUGCUUACCUGGGCUUCAAGAUACUUGGAAUGAGCUUCUGUUUGCCAAACUCUUUUACCCUUGAGUAAGAUGAUCAUAUCGAAAAUGGUCCUCUGUUUUUUUCUCAGAUUUCCAUGUUUUGGUGAUGGGAUCUUGCAGAAAAGGGAGUUGAUUUGUUUUCAUUUAAGAUGGAACAUCACAAUACAUGGGAUAUAUGGAUGAAGUACUGCGACUUGUGGCAAAUGGAGAGGAGAGAAUCUGUGUAGGAGGGAUUCAAAUAGAAAAAAGUAAAGAGACAGCUGGAGGAGGGGGAGUGAGGAAGACAAAAGAAAGAAGUAAAGAUACAACAAAUGAUAGUUUGAUUUUUUUUUUUUUAAUUUUUUUUUUUGAAAAUGUAAUAUCAAUGGAAAAUUUGCUCUUUUAUUUUUUUUUAUUUUUUUUAUUUUUUUCCUUUUGGUUUAAGAUUCACCGAUUCAUUCAUGCUAAAGCGGGAAAAUUUAUGAUUGAAGAUUUAUUCUUCAAUAUUCAACGUAUCCCUGUUAAUACUUUCUGGGAUUCUCUCUUAAUUAAUUGUAAAUCCAUUAUUUCCGUUUUCUUGUA